AUGGCCUUGAAUUUCAUGAACCUCAACAUAAGUCAAGACUAUUAUCGCAUUGUAGAUAUAGUGGAGUCUAAAAUGUGGGGAAAGCAAAUGGAUUAUGUUGUUCAAAAUGAACCAAUUGAUCCCAAGAAAGGUUCAUCAAAGUUCCCGCCCAUCAAUGAUUUACCACGUCGAUUGAAGUGCUCGAAGGAAAUGUGCAACUCUAGUAUUGAACUCUCUUCCAAAGAUAAAAAUAGAGUGGAUGAGACUCUAAAUCUAUUUCGAGAUGUAUAUAGAGAACUACUCCACAAACACAAGAGAGAUCCAAAGCGAGAAGGCCAAGUUGCUAGAAGGUUUGAUAUACAUGCCGCUAAUAUCCUUAGGAAGAAAGGGAAAUGGAUAAAUUCGGUAAGUCGCUUUGGACAUAUUCCUGGCGUUGCUAUUGGUCAUAAGUUUCAUUUUAGGGUUGAACUUGCCAUCGUUGGUUUGCAUUGUCAGUAUAUUUCGGGUAUAGAUUACACUAUGCUUAAUGGUAAGAAAGUUGCAACUAGCAUUGUCAACUCGGGUCGUUAUGAAAACAAAGCUAAAACGAGUGACAUUUUGAUAUACUCGGGUCAAGGUGGACUAAUGAAUGGGGGGAUGAAAGUUGAUCAAGAGUUGAAACGUGGCAAUGUUGCUUUGGUGAAUAGCAUGGAUGAAAAACGUCCGGUGAGAGUGAUUCGUAAAAUGAUGAGGGGCUCUUCUGAUUUUGGAUAUACAUAUGAUGGGUUAUACAUGGUGAAGAAGUUUUGGCAAGAAAAAGAAAGAGUUGUUGGUAAAUAUGUGUUCAAAUUUGAACUACAUAGAAUGGCGGGCCAAGAACAAUUACCUCUAGAACGUACGAAGCCAAGAGGCAAAGAAUGUUGCAUGUUAAUGGAUGUCUCUCACGGAAUGGAAAAUUUUCAAAUACGUGCGAUGAAUGGAAGAGAUUGUGAGAAGCCGGACAAGUUUGCUUAUAUAACUAACAAUAUAUAUCCGGAUGGGUAUAUAAAGGUUAAGCAAGAUGGUUGUGAUUGCACUAAUGGCUGCUUAAAUUCACGACAUUGUGGUUGUAUAUUAAAGAAUGGAGGUGAAAUACCUUAUAGCGAGAAGGGUUUUCUUCUACGACGGAAGGGUAUGGUUCAUGAGUGUGGUCCGUCUUGCAAAUGCCCUCCUUCUUGUGUGAAUAGAGUAAGCCAGCACGGUCCACGAUAUCAGUUAGAGCUUUAUCGUACCGAGUCAAGAAGGUGGAGUGUGAGAUCUAGAAGUUUUAUUUCAAUGGGGAGUUUUGUAUGUGAAUUUAUUGGAAAAGUGAAGGGCGAGGAUGCUAUACGAAGUAUGAAUCUUGACUUGCAAAGAUUCUUGAGCACUAUAAUUUUACCGUCGAAGAAUGACAAUUCUUAUACGUCGGCAAAAAUUCCCCUCACACCAAAUGAAAAUGUGGUGAGGUUUGCUAUUGAUGCAUCUAAGGUUGGAAAUGUGGGGAGAUUCAUCCGCAAGAGCAGCACACCCAAUCUUGUUGCCCAAUGUGUAGUUUAUGACCAUGAUGACUUGAGAAUGCCACACGUCAUGUUCUUUGCCACAAGGAAUAUACCUCCUUUGCAUGAGCUAACUUGUGAUUCUGUCCUCGGUAUUGAUUGAAGUACUAAUUUUGUAGAUGUCAGGCUGCUAUGGUAUGUGUAAUAGUUAAGUUAUCGUAACACAAGACUUUUGAUUUAUGUUUUGGUUGCGUGAAAGUAGUGGUUAAAGAUUUUUGUUUAGUGUUUGUGCUUACCGCAUCUCCAAUGAAGUGGAUUUCUCUAUUAUAUUG